GCGUUUCCUAUCAUGGAACAGGACGGCAAGCCAUACAUCAUCUCAAAUACCGCUCGGAAAGUCCUCAACACCGAUUCUCCUCGCAGCGAAGGCUUUACUCUAGCUUCGCAGUCGAUCUUUCGGAACCACGAAGACCACACAUUCUACGACGAGAAGUGCCCGGCGCAUCAGGAAUUGAAGGUCCGUCUACAGUGGUUGAGCAAGACAAGGGGGAAAGAGACGAGUGCUGACUGA